AUGCAAGCUAAAAGGAUUUCGCUUCCUAAUCGUUUACUCGAUGGAACUUUGGACUCAAUGCAAUUAUGGGUUUAUGAUGAUGCUACUGCUUCAGUGGUGAUCAAGCUGAAAAAGAACCAAUAUCGCAUUGUUGAUCCCAAAGACUUAUUGAAUUUUUGUGAGCGUGAUAUUCAAACUUUUUCAAACUUUCAAAUAAUUGUUGAGGGUGAAUUGUUUGAAGCUACUGUAAAAGCCUUCAUCGGAGUGGUUGCUACCAUAAUUGGAAGGAAGUUGUGGGCUAGGGAAUUUGAUAUGGUGGAUUUGCAUCUUGUGGAAAAGACUUGA